AGGAUGGGUGGUUGCAUCUCUAUCCAAAUAUCAUGCGAUAAAGUAUUGAACCGUGUUGGUAGCUGCUUAUGUGGAGAAGGCAAUCAUGUUUGUAAUCUUGAGAAGAAUUUGGUGGCUCUGGAGAAAGCCAUGGAAGUACUCAAGGCAAGGCGAGAUGAUGUGUUAACAAGGGUGCAAAGGGAAGAAGGCAAAGGUCAACAAAGGCUAACCGAAGUCCAGGUAUGGCUUACUAGUGUUGAGACCAUCGAAAAAAGUUUCCAUGAUCUAAGUAAUACUAGAACCAUGGAACUCCAAAGGUUGUGUCUUUGUGGUGUUUGUUCCAAAAACUUUAAAUCUAGCUUCCGUUACGGGAAAAGGGUUUCUGACAUGUUGGACGACGUUGAGAAUCUCAAAUCAAAUGGAGUUUUUGAAGUUGUUGCGGCUGAACAGCCAGCUAUGAGAUGUGUGGUGGAGGAAAUGCCUCUACAACAAGUAAUUUUUGGUCAAGAAGCAAUGCUGGACAGGGCGUGGAACCGCCUCAUGGAUGACGAGACUGCAAUUAUGGGACUCUACGGAAUGGGUGGAGUAGGAAAAACAACUCUUCUCACACAGAUAAAAAAGUUCCGUGAGGCGGUUGAUGUUGUCCAAAUUGUCAUUUGGGUUGUGGUAUCAGGUGAACUACAGACUGAGAAGAUUCAAGAUGAUAUCGCUGAGAAGAUUCAAGAUGAUAUCGCUGAGAAGUUAGGCCUUCGCGGAGAGGAGUGGUACCGAAAAGAGAAAAGACACAAGGCUCAUGAUAUACACGCUCGUAUGAAGAAUAAGAAAUUUGUCUUGUUAUUGGAUGACAUUUGGAGAAAAGUGGAUUUAGCUGAAAUCGGAGUUCCAUUUCCAACAAGGGAAAACGGAUGCAAAGUAGUAUUCACCACCCGUUCCAGGGAAGUAUGUGGCCGCAUGGGAGUUGAUGAUCCAAUGGAAGUCCAGUGUCUAACAGACAAUGAAGCGUGGGACUUGUUCAAGAAAAAAGUCGGACCACUCACGUUACAAAGCCAUCCAGGCAUUCCUGAACAAGCAAGGAAAGUUGCCGAAAAAUGUCGUGGCCUACCGUUAGCUCUCAACGUUAUCGGCGAGACCAUGUCAAGCAAGAGGACUAUACAAGAAUGGCAUCAUGCAGUUCAGGUUUUGAAUUCGUAUGCUUCAGAUUUUUCUGGCAUGAAUGACCAAAUCCUUCCUAUUCUAAAGUAUAGCUAUGACAACUUGAGGGGUGACCAGAUCAAGUCAUGCUUCGAGUAUUGCUCUCUCUUUCCUGAAGAUCAUAUGAUAGAAAAAGAGAAGUUGAUAGAUUACUGGAUAUGUGAAGGAUUCAUAAGUGAAAACGAAGACAGAGAAAGAACAAUAAACCAAGGUUAUGAGAUAAUUGGUACCCUUGUCCGUGCAUGUUUACUGCUGGAGGAAGGAAGCAACAAAGCAAUGGUGAAAAUGCAUGAUGUGGUUCGUGAGAUGGCUAUAUGGAUAUCAUCUGAUCUUGGAGAAAACAGAGAAAAGUGUAUCGUGCAAGCCGGAGUUGGGUUAAGUAAGGUACCAAAAGUCGAGAACUGGAGUGCGGUGGAGAGGAUGUCACUGAUGAAUAAUAAGAUUGAAAAGAUAUUUGGUAGGCCCACGUGUCCCGAACUAACAACUCUAUUCCUCCAAGGAAACAAAUCAUUGGUAACGAUUGGAGGUGGAUUCUUUAAUCGUAUGCCAGAACUAGUUGUUUUGGAUCUAUCUCAGAACUCGGGUCUUGAUGGAUUGCCUGAGGAAAUAUCGGAGUUAGUCUCCUUAAAAUAUCUCGAUUUGUCAGGAACAGCGAUCUCGAUACUACCAGUUUGUCUCCUAAAGUUGGAAACGCUAAUGCAUCUGUAUCUAGACGAUAUGGCGAAUCUUCGGAGUAUCCAUGGAAUAUCUAAGUUGCGGAGUUUGAGAGUCUUAUCAUUACUGAGUAGCUACACACCUGACCCAAGCCUGAUGGAGUUGCUGCUGUUGGAACACCUAAAAGUUUUAAACAUUAAAAUCCAGUCAGAUUUGGUUAUGGAGGAACUGUUUCUUUCACACUUGGCGAGAUGUAUUCAUAAGGUUGAUAUCAGAAACAUUUCUGACUUGAGUGUUUCGAAGAUUCUCCGUAGCUUCACAGGUCAAUGCUUCCCAAAUCUGUCUUCUGUGGAUAUAAGAAGGUGUCGUGGUUUAAAGGACUUGACGUGGUUGUUGCUCGCUCCAAACCUUAUACAUCUAAAUAUGAGGAGUUUAAGGUAUCUAAAAGAAGUAGUGAGCAAAGAGAAAGCUGACGAGAUGAAGGUACAAGGUAAUAUUCCUUUUGAAAAACUAGAAACUCUAGAGAUGGUUGACUUGACUGCGUUGAAGAGCAUCUACUGGACUCCCCUGCGGUUUCCAUGUCUGAAGGAAAUGUACAUAGCACGAUCUCGGUCACUAGCAAAGCUUCCGCUCGAUUCCAGAAGCGUAGCUGAUGUUAAAAAGUUUGUCUUAAAAUACAACUCGAGAUAUUGGAUAGAAAAGGUUAAUUGGGAGGACGAAGCCACGAGACUCCGUUUCCUGCCUUCAUGCAGAUUGGAUUUGACGCACUACGAAUAAGACAACCCAGUGAGACAAGUUGGUUUCAUCAUAUGCCGAAUCGCUGUUUCAUAGUCUUACUUUGCUUUUGCUACUGUUCUGUGUCUGUGAUAGUGCACUGUUGUAAACCAUCAGACAACACACACACACGUGUUUCAGACAUGUUAUUCUAAUCUCUUUUUUAUUUUAUUUCUUCCUCUCUUUCAGUUGAUUUGCAUCAAGCUUCUCUUUCCUGCAAACGGCGUGGUUGUGUUUUGGAGUGUGAGUGUUCAUUGUAAUCUAUAUGUAAUAAUCUGUUACAUUUAUUAACUAUCUCAUUAUCCAUAAGAUGGUGUGUGAAAGUCCUAAUUAACAACAAUGAACUAAUAACUAAUGGUCUUCGCUUUUUCGGAUAUCAACGGCUGUAUUUGUUAACUCAGAUCAACUGUUGCUGAGAAAUCUCUUUCUCUCUAGUUAAGGUUGCUUCUCUAAGAAGUUAUGCAUUUUUAUUCCACUUCCAAGUCUUUUCUCUGCUCAGGAAGCUUUUUUCGUCCAGUUACUAUUGUACUGAAGUGGAUGCUCGUCUUUCUUAUGACACACCGGUUCCUGAUCUGUUGAGACUAUACAAUGGAAUCGAUGUACUGCACGACCGCUUGCUAUUCAAAAUCACUGCAACCCUGGCAACUCUCAUAGGAUGUUGAAGCUCCGAGAGGGAAUCCAAACGCACUUGGAUGAAAAUUGGCUAUCCAUUUAAGCAUGAACAUUGACAGCAUAAUUGAAUUCAAAAUAGUUAACAAUUUCUUUUUGUUUAUAUAAUCAGUUAGAUAUAGACAUUCAAGUACAUGUUCAACUACGAAUUAUUUCUUUUGGAUAUCCUUUUUGAGCUUUGAAA